CGUGAACAAUGUGUGUUUACACAGCGAGACUCUGCAGUCUAAAGAUCAGAUCCUCAGCAAAUGGUGGUCACAUUUAUUCCUUCGCAGCAAUCCGAGGUAUUCUGUCUAAGUAAACGAUGCACUGGAUGGAAAUGGAGAAAGACGAGCUUGAGAAGCAGUACUCACCCAGCAGGUGGUCUCACAGGAUGGCGGCAGACGACGUAAUCAAGGCCCACGUCAAGGCUCUGAAGGAAGGUACAGAGCGAGCCCGCAGUCUGGCUCAAACUUUAAUCAAUGUUCCGUACGGAGAGGGAGAUGGAGAGAAACUGGACGUGUACAUCCCCAAGACCGCCUCUUUGGACGUCAACCUUGUUAUUUACAUCCACGGAGGCUACUGGCAGUUUCUCAGCAAAGAGGAGUCUGGAUUCAUGGCUGUCCCACUCGUUGAUAAGGACGUGGUUGUGGUUGCCGUUGGCUACGACAUUGCCCCCAAAGGUAACAUGGAUUUGAUGGUGUCCCAGGUUCGCAGGAGCGUUGUUUCUGUCAUUCAGCAGUACUCUCACAUCAGCGGUCUGUACCUGUGUGGCCACUCUGCAGGGGCUCACCUGGCCGCUAUGGUGCUCUCCACCGACUGGUCCCAGUACGGCGCCACACCAAACAUCAAAGGUGCUUUCCUUGUGAGCGGGAUAUACGACCUGCUGCCCGUCCUGUCCACGUAUGUCAACGAGCCUCUGAAGAUGACGGAGGAGGUGGCGGUGAGAAACAGCCCUAGCCAGCUGGUCCCUGAGCUCAAGCGAUCCUCGUCAGGCUGUCAGAUCGUCGUGGCUGUCGCCCAGAACGAUUCGCCAGAGUUUCGCAAGCAGUCAGAGGAAUACUAUAAAGCUCUGGAAGCAGCAGGACUGACUGUGACCAUGGAGGAUGUGGCGAACACAGACCAUUUUAGUAUCAUUGAGCAGCUGGUAGACGGAGACUAUCACCUGACCAAGCUCCUCCUGAAGAUGAUGGGGAAGAGCUGAAGUUCAACAAACCUCUGAUCAGUCCCAGUUCACCGACAAUGAGAAAAUAGGCAUUUCUUCAGGGUUUCACUGUGGUAAAUGUUCUUUUUUUUUUUUGUUAUUUUGAGAUCAAUCCAGGUGACAUCAGUUGUUCUGAUGGUUUAGUUUACAUUAUUUACAAAUGUUCGUCGUCAAGACGUCCUAACUAAGCUUUGGAUGUUUGGAACACCUUCGCUUCACUGCAGUGCAUCGUGGCAGAAUUCACUUCUCAGGCUCAGCUGCAAACAGGUUGCUGGACUACUGUGAACGUUGUUGUUGUGAUGAAGCAUGACACCAUUAAAUAUUAAAUAUUUUUGAGUGGACUUUUACUUUUGACUUAUUUCCGUCUGGGCAAGUCUGACUGAUUAUUGCUGUUUUCAUUUUUCUUUUUCUUUGACAAGCUUCAGUAAAAAGUAACCGCGUAUCAUUCAACGUGAAGGUAGCGUUUUCCCCGAACCUCCAGCUCUACGCUGAGAUCUGACCCGGGGGAAUCCUGACGCAACACAUGAUGAUGGUCCAUAGCUGUUCCUGAUCCUGAUGUAUAAUUGCAGAAUUUUGAUUUCCAAACAUGAGGUUUUGAAACUGAGAUUAAAUUUAAACUGUAACAGUGACACUUUGAUUUGCACUGCAUAUUGUAGCGUUGCACAUUGUUGAACAAUAUUCACACCAUGUUCUGCUUAUCAUUAUUGUAGAAUACAAUAAAUAUUUAUAUUUAAGAUAA